UAUCGCGUUUAUUGCAAGCGCCGACGCUGCGAGUAACCUAAUUUGCUAACCCACAAGUCACAACGAGACAAAUGGAACAGAUAAUUUACUAGAUCAUCCGAACACACUCCAACUGUUUGGACUGGUCGUUGCAGGAUAUUCUCGCGCUCUGAUGGAAUUCUCGGCGACGGUGAUUGCCGUUACGGGGUUCCUUGUUAUCUCGUUCCUUCUAUCUACCGCCGUCGGUUCCACCGAAGACUUCAUUGCCGUGUCCAACCUCCGGCGCAAGUCGCCUACAGCCAGUCUUUGCGCUUCCGUCAUCGAGCCUUCUGGAUUCCCCUGCUCCGAACACAUUACUCACACCAAAGAUGGAUACGUGUUGGGCCUUCAACGAGUUUCCUCUUCUUCUGGUGCUGUUCAGCCAAGGGGCCCUCCGGUUUUGCUAAUUCAUGGGCUUUUUAUGGCAGGCGAUGCAUGGUUCAUGGAUUCGCCAAAUCAAUCACUUGGCUUUAUCCUUGCUGACCAUGGUUUUGAUGUUUGGGUUGGUAAUGUGCGUGGGACUCGAUGGAGCCAUGGCCAUGUGUCUCUCUCGGAGAAAGAUAAGAAAUUCUGGGAUUGGAGCUGGCAAGAGCUGGCUCUUUAUGAUCUGGGUGAAAUGAUCCGUUACAUAUAUUCAGUUACAAACUCCAAAGUAUUUGUUGUUGGACAUUCACAGGGAACAAUUAUGUCUCUUGCUGCCUUCACCCAACCAGAUUUAGUAAAAAUGGUUGAAGCUGCUGCACUUCUUUGUCCUAUAUCAUAUUUGGGACACAUCACUGCUCAAUUUGUUCUUAGAUUAGUCAAAUUGCAUCUUGACGAGGUCUGUGCAGCGCUUUUUCUAGAUUUUCCUGAUUGGAGUAACUUGGGCACUCGCAUCAUGGAUAUAAUGUGUGAUGGACACGUGGAGUGUGGUGACUUGCUUACAUCUAUUACAGGCAAGAAUUGCUGCUUCAACAACUCUCGAAUUGAUUCCUAUCUCGAAUUUGAGCCCCACCCAACAUCCUCCAAGAACUUGCAUCAUCUCUUCCAGAUGAUCCGCAAAGGUACAUUUGCAAUGUAUGACUACGGAAUGUGGAAAAACAUGAGGUAUUACAGCCAAUUAGAGCCACCAGUGUUUGAACUCAGCUCCAUUCCCAGUUCGUUGCCAAUAUGGAUGGGUUAUGGAGGCAAUGAUGCAUUAGCAGAUGUUUCUGAUGUGAAACAUACUCUCAAGGAAUUGCCAUCGAAGCCAAAUUUGCUUUAUCUUGAUAAUUACGGUCAUAUAGAUUUCCUUCUGAGUGUAAAAUCGAAGGAAGAUGUUUAUGACAGUAUGCUUGCAUUUUUCAGCUCCCUGGGAAGAUCUAGCAGCUAUUGACUGCUUAUGUACAUGCUCCCACCCCGUGUUGUCUUGUACAUUUACAGCGUCACCUCUCCUUUCUUGUAUUGUAUAUACAUAUUUGUAACUGUAACUAAUUCGAAUCAGGAGUCGCGCACACUAGUAGUGUGUGAGUGUUCAUAUGUUUUUCAAGAACAUACAAAUAAACUUCUUGCAUGA